AUGAGGUAUCUGCGCCAGAGGGCUAAGGGUGCCUGCCGAGAUGCUGGGAAUGUGGCGUUCCGCAAUGGAUUGCACGACUCUCUCAGCCUCCAUGCGGAAUUCGUUCUUGUUGAGUUCCAGGGCCUUAAUAAGAACGCCGUUCUCAAUCACGCGGAGGAGUGCAGCGAAAGGCUUGUACGCCUUUACGAAUACCUCAGUGGCGGAGUCAAUGAAUCUCUCCAGGUUCACAACUGCAGUGGCGGAGUUGGCGCUGGCAUCCAUGGUAAUCUUGUCCAACACCUCGUUAGACUCGCCAGAAGCAACUGCACAGAGGACAUUGUCCAAAAGCGCCCACCUGUUGUAAAGAACGGUUUGCACGGGCUGCGAGACAAGAGCCUUUUCAGCCUCGUGGAAAAGCUGCAGGAGGUUCUCCAUGAUGUGCUCUGA